AUGUCUGCUGAGGCCGACAGAGACGUCAUCUACAACCCGGGCACCAAGUCCUCGCUCCCCACGAGCAGCGAUGACGAGCCACAUGCCAUGUCCAGGGACGAACGCCAGGUAGCCGAAGCAGCCGCUCGCUACGGCUACGGCCCAUUUGCAGGCAGAAGACAGCAGCUUAAAUCCUUCGCCAAUUCGUUUCAGCCCAGCGUAGCCCAGGCCGCAGCUCCGCGCCAAUUCGCCAAUCCUGCUCCCCUCGGUCUGUCCGCUUUUGCUCUCACAACCUUUGUGCUUAGCCUUAUCAACAUGCAAGCUCGCGGUACAACUGCCCCAAAUAUUGUUGUCGCAUCUGCAUUUGGAUAUGGUGGGCUUGUUCAAUUGUUGGCGGGCAUGUGGGAAAUGGCUGUUGGUAACACAUUUGGUGCCACCGCUUUAUCGUCAUACGGAGGCUUCUGGAUUUCCUAUGCGAUCAUCUUUACCCCAGGCGGUUUCGAGAUCAUGUCGAGCGUCACAGAAGUGGACGGCGCGUCUGGGCUGAACAGUACGGUUGGUUUCUGGCUUGCGGGGUGGUUUAUCUUCACCACAAUCAUGCUUAUUUUUACGUUCAAAACCAACUGGGCGUUCAUCUUGCUCUUCUUAACGCUGGACCUCGCUUUCCUCAUGCUCGCAGUGGCUCACUUUCAAGAGACCUCCCCAGGAAAGGUUAACACGCCACUGACUAAGGCUGGAGGCUUUUUUGGGCUUCUUGCAGCUUUUCUAGCGUGGUAUAAUGCCGUUGCGGGAAUUGCGACAGAGGAAAACAGCUUCGUUAGAUAUCCCGUCGGACCCUUGCCGUGGGCCAAUUCCAGGCGCCCGAAAGCCGACCCUGAGAUGGUUUAAGGAUAUGUACCCUGCAUCGAUCUUCCUGCCUUGCAAGGACCCAACCGUUCCUCCUUUAUUCCACGACCUAUCUGAGGGAUCUAUUAGGUAUUUAACAUUCUUUUUGAAUUUGUGGAUUGGAGUUUUCGGCUUCCAAAGGAUACUUUGAGUACCUAAAUUUAGACGGUACUUUGAUCAGCGAGUGAUCACUUCUGAAUGCAGUGAGUGUGAAGGAAGAAAAGGCCAAACUUCCCCCAGCAAAGCCUCUUUGUGCUGUAAUUCUCGUGUACAUCUCGAUGGACAACUCAUGCUUGAGAGA